CAACUGCUUAUUCUUAGAAUCUCCGCUCCUUCUCAUUUUUAUAUUCCUCUGAAAACUGAAAACAUAACCUUCUUCUCCUCUCUCUCUCUCUCUCUAGGGUUUUCUGCAUAGUAUAUAUACAUAUAUAUACAAUAAUAUAUACACAGAUAUACAGACUCACCAACCUCGGGAGGCUUUUAGCAUUUUCCUGAAUCAAUGGCUUUCUCUUCUCUUCUCAAACCUACCGCCGCUCUUGUUAGACCUUCCCAUCGUUCCCAGGUAUCAUGUGCAGGUCUUCAUCAGAGUGCUAACUCUGUCAAAUUACAAUCGUCCAUCUUGGGAGAUGCUGUCUCAGUCAUGCAAUGUUCGUCCUUACAAAAAUCUGGUGCCUGCAGCAUUCAACCCGUUAGAGCAACUGCUACUGAGUUACCCCCAACAGUUCCAAAGUCCCGGACCAGUGGGAAGACAAGGAUUGGUAUAAAUGGUUUUGGACGGAUUGGGAGAUUGGUAUUACGAAUUGCAACGUUCAGAGAUGAUAUUGAGGUUGUGGCAGUUAAUGACCCAUUUAUUGACGCAAAGUACAUGGCUUACAUGUUCAAGUAUGACUCCACUCACGGGGUCUACAACUCAUCCAUCAGUGUCCUGGAUGAGUCUACUUUGGAAAUCAAUGGGAAGCAGAUUAAAGUCAGUAGCAAAAGGGAUCCUGCAGAUAUUCCAUGGGGCGAUUUAGGUGCAGAUUAUGUUGUUGAAUCUUCUGGUGUCUUCACAACUGUUGAGAAGGCCUCAGCACAUAAGAAGGGUGGUGCAAAAAAGGUCGUAAUCUCAGCUCCAUCAGCUGAUGCACCUAUGUUUGUGGUAGGAGUGAAUGAGAGAACUUACAAAACCACCAUGGAUGUUGUUUCUAAUGCUAGCUGUACUACCAAUUGCCUUGCCCCCCUUGCCAAGGUGGUUCAUGAGGAGUUUGGCAUUGUUGAGGGAUUAAUGACAACUGUGCAUGCAACAACAGCUACCCAAAAGACUGUUGAUGGGCCAUCAAUGAAGGAUUGGCGAGGAGGCCGUGGUGCAGGACAGAACAUCAUCCCUAGUUCAACUGGUGCUGCGAAGGCAGUAGGAAAAGUUCUGCCAGAAUUGAAUGGGAAGCUCACUGGAAUGGCUUUCCGCGUUCCAACACCUAAUGUCUCUGUUGUGGACUUGACUUGUCGGCUAGAGAAGAGUGCUUCUUAUGAUGAUGUGAAAGCAGCGAUAAAGUAUGCAUCAGAGGGUCCACUUAAAGGCAUUUUGGGUUACACAGACGAGGAUGUUGUCUCAAAUGAUUUUGUUGGCGAUUCCAGGUCGAGCAUAUUUGAUGCUAAAGCUGGUAUAGGCCUGAACAACUCAUUCAUGAAGCUUGUCUCCUGGUAUGACAACGAGUGGGGUUACAGCAACCGAGUGUUGGACCUCAUAGAGCACAUGGCGUUGGUAGCAGCCACCAAUUGAAAUACAAGAUAGGAGCUACUACAAAAUUUGGCGCAAGCAACAAUUUGUAUUUGAAAACUUAUGGGAGUUGUAUUGCUCCAUUUUGGUUAUGGAGUGGGUUCUGUUACUGCCAUAUCAGAGUACAAAUUGAGAUAAAAUAAUAAAUAGUUGGACAUGUAUGAUUUUUUACACUUUUUGUUAAGGAUGUGCUUAUAUACACUUGAUGCAUCGGCCAGAGGUGGACAUUUUUGUUUCUUUAAAAGGAGGGCACAAUAUUUGUGUCAGGCGUUGCAUUA